AUGCCUCUGUCCAAGCUGAAUGGAGUCAAGCUCCCCGCCUCGGCGGACUUCCACGUUCACCUUCGCGAUGGACCUAUGAUGGAGCUGGUGACCCCGACCAUUCGGCAGGGAGGAGUGAACACGGUCUACGUCAUGCCCAACCUGGUGCCACCGAUCACAACCGUCGACCACGCUCUCGACUAUAAGAAGCGCCUGCAAGCUAUUGAGCCCAACGUCAACUACCUCAUGUCGCUGUACCUCCACGAAACCAUCACGCCGGAGACGAUCAUCGAGGCCAAGAAGCGGGGCAUAACAGGCGUCAAGAGUUAUCCCGCCGGGGUGACCACCAACUCGAGCUCGGGUGUCGUCGACUACUCGGCGUUCUACCCGGUCUUCGCGGAGAUGGAACGGCAAGACAUGAUUCUGAACUUGCACGGCGAGUGCCCGUCCCAGGGCGAUGUGACGGUGUUGUCGGCGGAGGAGCGGUUCCUGCCCAUCCUGGCGGAGCUCCAUGCCCAAUUCCCCAAGCUGCGAAUUAUCCUGGAGCACUGUACCACUGUCGCAGCUAUCGAAGCUGUGAAGAAGUGCGGGCCAACGGUUGCUGGCACCAUCACCGCCCACCAUUUGUCCAUUAUCAUUGAUUCGUGGGCGGGGGAUCCAUUCUGCUUCUGCAAGCCGGUUGCCAAGACGCCCGCGGACCGCGAUGCCCUUCUGCGCGCAGCAACCUCGGGCAACCCCAAGUUCUUCUUUGGGUCUGACAGUGCCCCGCACCCGGCAGCGUCGAAGCGCGGCGGAGAGAAGAUUGCCGCGGGUGUGUUCACCCAGCCAUAUACCACCCAGGUCGUGGUCGAUGCCUUCGAACAGGCUGUCGAGAACGGCGUUCUGAAGGAUGAGGAGAUCACACCGGCGAUCGUCGAGGGUUUCAUGACUAAGUUCGGACGGGCGUUUUAUAAAAUCGAGGAGGAGCAGAAGGAAUUUAUCACCAUCGAAAAGAAAGGUGAGAGGAUUGUGGAUAUCCUGCAGUCCGAUAAGAUCGAUGUGGUCCCCUUCCGAAAGACUCAGGAGACAUGGAGCGUGUCUUGGUCGUGA